AUGUCGGCCCAGCCGCGGGUGAGGAAGGAGGGGCCGCGGGCGUCGGGCCCCCGGGACGAGGUGAAGGAGGAGCUGUACGAAAAGGUGGCUAUCCUGCUCACCAAUUUAGAGCAGCCUCGCACAGAGUCUGAGUGGGAGAACAGCUUCACCCUCAAGAUGUUCCUCUUCCAGUUUGUGAAUCUCAACAGCUCCACCUUCUACAUCGCCUUCUUCCUCGGAAGGUUCACGGGUCGUCCGGGGGCAUAUCUACGCCUCAUUAAUCGCUGGAAACUGGAAGAAUGCCACCCCAGCGGCUGCCUCAUAGACCUGUGCCUGCAGAUGGGGAUCAUCAUGGUGCUGAAGCAGACCUGGAACAACUUCAUGGAGCUGGGCUACCCGCUGAUCCAGAACUGGUGGACGCGGCGGCGACUGCGGCGCGAGCACGGACAGAAGGCCAAGGAAGGCUUCCCCCAGUGGGAGCGGGAUUACAACCUGCAACCCAUGAACGUCUACGGGCUCUUUGAUGAGUACCUGGAGAUGAUCCUGCAGUUCGGCUUCACCACCAUCUUCGUGGCGGCCUUCCCCCUGGCGCCGCUGCUGGCGCUGCUGAACAACAUCAUCGAGAUCCGCCUGGACGCCUACAAGUUCGUCACGCAGUGGCGCCGCCCGCUGCCCUCGCAGGCCAAAGACAUCGGGAUCUGGUACGGCAUCCUGGAGGGGAUCGGCAUCCUGUCGGUCAUCACCAACGCCUUCGUCAUCGCCGUGACGUCCGACUUCAUCCCCCGCCUCGUCUACGCCUACAAGUACGGCCCGUGUGCCGGUCAGGGCCGCGCCGGGCAGCGGUGCAUGAUGGGAUACGUCAACGCCAGUCUGUCCGUGUUCCGCGUCGCCGACUUUGAGAAGAAGUCGGAGCCCACGACCAACGGCUCGGAGAUUUUCGGAGACGCCGUCAAGUUCUGCAGGUACCGUGACUAUCGGGAGCCCCCAGUCUCGGCGGACCCCUACUCCUACACUCUGCAGUUCUGGCACGUUCUGGCGGCCAGGCUGGCCUUCAUCAUCGUCUUCGAGCACCUGGUGUUCGCCAUCAAGACGCUGAUCGCCUACCUGAUCCCGGACCUGCCCAAGGACCUGCGGGACCGCAUGCGGCGGGAGAAGUACCUGAUCCAGGAGAUGAUGUACGAGGCGGAGCUGGAGCGGCUGCAGAAGGAGAAGAACGAACGGAAGAAGAGGAAGGAGCGCAACGGCCACCACAAGGAGUGGCCCUGAGGGGGCGGGACCAGCGCUGAGCCGCUGCAGCGGCCCGGUCUCUUCCCAUUAGACCCUCGGAGGACCAUGUAGUGGGAGGGGGUAGUUCCUGCAUGACGUCGCGUCCCUGGGCCCUCCUCUCGGCCCGUCUGACCAGGGGCCCGACUUUAAAAAAAGAUAAACAACGGGGGGGGGGGGGUCUCUCACGGCCUCGCUCAACCACCCUGUGUUUGACGCCGCUGGCUACUGACGCCUCCUCACGGGAAAGAGGAUCCAAAAUGGACGCCUGGUUGAGUCGACCACCGGGGCUAACUUCUUUGUCUUGGUUUUUUUCUCCUUGGACAGCUGCUAUUAAUUCAACAGUUUCUUCAUGUUGAGCUUAUCGGUUUUGGUGUGUUUUUAUUUGUUCACCCCAACCUGUCGUCUGUCCUCUCUUGCUGCUGCCUCGUAAGACUCAUUAACCUCAACCUGGAGCGCCUGAAUGUAAAGCGAGAAUAACUCUGACUCUUGUCUUUUACAUUUUUAAACCCAACUAACCGGGCUAACCCACCAGGGCUCGCUAACGCUACGCUAACUGAAUGAGAAGUUCUGUUUACAUCCUUCCCUUCGGUCGAGGAACGUGUAGGGUAGAAGCUGAUAGUGUUUCCUUUGUUGUAAAUAAAGAGAUAUAUUUAAGGGAAUGUCAGAUAGGCCAUUUUGUUCCUCUGUAGUGUAGUGCAAUAAAUAAAAACUCUAAUAAUAGAUUAUUCACGUUUAGAAAUGUGACUCAUCUAGAUCGUGGCAGGGGCCAUGAAAGCUUACACCUGCAUUGCCUUUCAUUGAAUUUAAAUUGAUGACCGCAGUAAUAAAUAAAGAAUAUUUAUUGUCUAUA